AUGGCUCAAAACUAUGGUCCUCUCACGACCGUCUUCACUGCCCCUUCUGCUUGCUAUACGGCGGCCUCAGGUCCUGGCGACGGGGGUGCCUUUUGGGGUGUUUUUUGCAGCUAUGGAUUUGCAUAUCCCGCGUCAUCUUGCUAUCCAGAAGGAUGGAAGCAGACAACUGUAAUUGGCGACGAAGACGGUAGCUAUUACUACUAUGGCGCAUUUUCGCCGGGCAUUUAUUGCCCUAUUGGAUGGGAUGCCGUUUAUUCCAUCACUCGCUCGCAGUCCCCGUGGCACACUAGCGAUAUUGGCGUUUAUGCCAACCUGUCGAUAGGCCAAGCUGCAACAGGAUGUUGCCCUGGUGGAUACACAUGGGCCACUUAUCAAACUUGCGUGUCCGUUGCAACGACAAAGGUGACAUAUGUCCAGUACGGUGUGGUCACUGCGUCAAGUGGCUGGAUGAGCGGCGCCGCGAUAAGCGGUUGCAGAACUACGACGGUCACAAACGGCGUUGGGCCCGACGGACUAAGCAUUUUUGCUGCACCAGUCGUUCUGGUGAAUGAUCUCUCAUCUUCCUCUGAGAGUGUUGCUACAGCGACUGCUAUAAGCGCCGGGACAAGCAACUCUGAAAAGAGUGGCGGCUCUAGCUCGGGUCUCUCUACUGGUGCCAAAAUUGCUAUCGGAAUCUGUUUUCCUUUGGGGAUGAUUAUACUCGCAACCAUAUGGUUUAUCUGGCGGCAUCGGCGCAGACGGGCGAGCAAGAUCGCCCCGCGGACCGAGUCUGUUCAGCCAAGUGAACCGGUUGCUGAGGCUUAUACAGGGAAAGCUGAGCUAGAGGGCGGCCGGGUGAUGAGAUACUGGGACAAGCCGGAAUUGGACGUCCAAAACAAUGAAUAUCAGGAUCCUCCGCCAGAUACAGCAGCAGAACUGGCGGGAUGA